AUGGCGAGCCUGACUGAGUGGCCCGCCAACACUGGACACUACUACACCUGGAUGAGGGACCGGUGGGUGAGGGUGUGGCUGGACGGGGAGGAGGACGAGGAGUACGGCGAGGAGGAGGACGCCGACGACAUGAGGAGCGCGCGGCGGCACGCGAACUCGUGGGGCGCGGAGCGCGGCGCAAGGCAGCCGCGCUGGCGGCGCGAGGGCAACGAGCGCGGCGAGAUUCACAAGCGGCCACGACAGCAACGGCAGCAGGCGGAGCGCCACCGCCCGGCUGCGGAGUCGACGCGGGCGGUGCAGCUGCAUCACUGCAGGCUCGACACGCGCGUCCGCCUGGGCCAGCGUCCAAAGUACGUCUUCGACAACGCAUUCGUGGUGGCCGACAUCAAGCGCGUCGACAACGGCGCCCCGCGGGCAUUGCUCGUUGCUGGCUCUGUCCGGACGGCUGUCGGCGCCCUCGACGACAUGGACAGCCACGCGCCGAGGGACAUCCUCUUGAUCAACGACUCGUCGCGCACCGAGUACGCGCGGCAAGAGACCAACGACACCGUCGAGGUGCCGCAGCAGAAAGGCCGGGCCAAGAUGGGGUACGCCCUCGCGACCGACCCGGACGUCGCCAACGCGCGGAACGCCUUCUUGUACGGUGUCGUCCCCGAGGGCGAAGGGGAGGAGGAGGAGGAGGCGGAGGACGAGGCGGGGGGGGAGGGCGGCGGCGGCGGCGGCGGCUUCGACCUCGGCGGCGGCGGCGGCUUCGGCCUCGGCGGGUGGGGCAACGUGCUCGCCGACGACGAGUGCGACGAUGCGGGCCACGGCGGCUUCGAGGCGUGGACGUCAGACGGAUCGUAUUCCGCUCGCCCCACGCGCGGCUUCGACCUCGGCCGCGACGGCUUCAACCCCGACAGGGGCGAGUCGUCGGACGCUGCGCUGCAUGACCUCGAUGAGGGGGCUGCCCGCACGUGCGGCGGAGAGGGGCGCGGCGGCGGCGGCGGCGGCGGCAGCGGCAAGGGCGGCGGCAAGGGCGGCGGCAAGGGCGGCGGCAAGGGCGGCGGCAAGGGCGGCAAGGGCGGCAAGGGCAAGGGCGGCACAGGCAUCAAGGGCCAGGGUGGCAAGGGCAUGGGCAAGGGAGGCCGCGAGAGCGCGCACGCGCCGCGCCCCCCUGCCCCCCACGCUGCGACGGGCGGUGAUGCCCAUCACACACCUGCGCCAGCGGCAGCGCAGCCGCCGCCCCCGCCGCAGCCGCCGCAGCAGCCCCAGACGCAGGACGUGCUGGCGCAGAUGCAGGCGCAGCUGCUGCAGCAGCAGCAGGCGCUGGCCGCUCUGCAGCGCUCGCAGGCCGGCCUCGCCGAGGGUGUGGUGCCCGGAGUCGGCGCCGGCUCGACGGCCGGCCUCGGCGAGGGUGUGGUGCCCGGAGGCGUCGCCGGCUCGACGGCCGGCCUCGGCGAGGGUGUGGUGCCCGGAGGCGUCGCCGGCUCGACGGCCGGCCUCGGCGAGGGUGUGGUGCCCGGAGGCGUCGCCGGCUCGACGGUGAGAGUGCGCACGUUGCGCAUCUCUGCUCGCUCGCAGUGGGUCACGUGUCAUGCCCGGAAGCGCCGCCUCUAA